AUGGUGGUAUCUACAGAAUAUUAUGAUCUGUUGAACGUGUCAGUGGACUCAGACGAUGAGACUGUACGAAGAGGCUAUCUCAAGCAAGCACGGAAAUGGCAUCCGGAUAAGAAUGGCGGUGACCCCAAUGCCGAAACACGGUUCAAGGCAAUAGGCGUCGCAUAUAAAGUUCUUUCGGAUAAGAAUUUAAGACAGAUUUACGACGAGAAAGGGAAGGAGAAGGCUGACCAAGCCAACAACGCGGCACAAGUGGACCCCAUUGAGCAGACGACUGAGCUCUGUCGCUCGUUAUUCGGGUUUGGAAAAUUCGACACAGUGUUUGGAGAUCCCACGACGCUAUCCCUGUUCUUAAUGGCGUUAAAGCUGAUAAGUCAGUCCCAGGACAAAGGCACCUCACUGGAUGCGACUGAAGAGGUGAAGAGGCAAUUAGAACAGCAAGAACGCGACGAAGCCGAAGCCAAAGAGCAAGCCAUCGUUGACGAACUCUGCCUGAUGCUGAAGAAAAAACUCAAUAACCUGGCAAAAGGCCAAGAACACAAGCAAUUCUUCCACGAGAUGGUUCUACUGGAAGCCGAAUCACUCAGCGACUCACCCGGUGGCGAUGAACUCGUUGGGAUCACGGGAUAUAUCUACCAACAAGAAGCUAAGCAACACAUGGGUCGAUACUUUGGCUUCGAAGGGCUUUGGUCGGAGAUCGCUGAGCAGGGGCACUUACUGUCCCAGCGGAUGGACCUGAUCAGUCAGGGUAUCAAGCUGUUCCGAACUUCGGCGAGGCUGCAGAACAUUGUGGAGGCCAAGAAGUCCGUUGCCGGGGCGGGGGCGGAGAGCAUAAGAGAUAGCGCGGAACAUAGCAACUGGGAAACUAGGACAAAGAAAGAUAAGACAAAUACGGAAUAUGGAAGUGGCGCACAUGGUGAUACGGAAGGGGGUGAAGAUGAAUAUAUGAACACUAACGGAACAGAUAAUAAUAACAAUAAUACGGACCGGACCAAGGUUCCCGGGGGUCAAAAGGGGUUUAAUAAGGGCUUCCAUGAGGGUGUGGAUAUGGAGCUAGAGCAGGAGAGGAUCAUGUUCGAGGCUGUGCUGUCGCACGGGCUGAGUGCUAUGUGGAAAUUAGGCAAAUAUCUGGUCGAGGAGCGAUUACGGAAAGUCUGCGAAUUACUGUUGAGCGACCCGCUGGCAAGUCAAGAACAAAUAGACAUGUGGGCCGAAGGUCUUCUCCAGAUGGGAGUUGCCUACAGCGAAGUCAGUCAGAAGAAGCAGAGCUUCCACACACAAACGGGGGCUAGUGAUAGCGCGCAGGAGCGAUACGGACUGCCGAAGUUUAGAUGACAAAUAAAUAUAUAAUGAGGUCUCGAUUG